CCUUUUAAAGAACAAAAUAUAUGCAUUUGAGCCAUUAUACGGAACCUAAAAACUACACUAUGUGUCCCGAAUCUUCACACUGCACUAUCGGAUGGCAGGAAAACAUUACUAAUAAACUAGUGCAUGCGGCGUGAGUCUAUAUUUACCUCACUGUUUGGUGUGGAUUUGGGACGCAGCCCAAGUGAUUAAAAACGUGUGCAAAUCAGAUGCGCAACUAUAAACGGCGCAACUGUCUCUUUAGGCCACAUGUGCCUUUUUUCGGACUAAAUCGAUUCUCUCACACCCACCCUCUCUCUCUCCAUCUUUCUCUCUCUCCAUCUAUCUAUUUGCGAAUUACGUGUGCGUAAAACUCAGAGUGGUCUUGUGGUUUACCUGAGCAUUAUAUGUUCGGUCUCUCUCUCUCUCUCUCUCUCUCUCUCUCUCACACACACACACACACACACACACACACACACACACACACACACAAACUCUGUACUGAUUCGAGAGAAAUAAAGCGAGACUUCAAAGUCGCAUCCGUUCUCUUGUUUUUGCGCAAAGUUAAUUAACGCAUGUAGGUCAUCAUCUUCUCAUGGGGUAAAAAGAAAACAAAAGUGAUGGUUAUACGUUAUAAGUUUUCGUGUGCGUCUCAGUGGACUACAGAAUGAAUAAAUAUAAUAAUAAUAAUAAUAAAAUGUAAUAAUAAUAAUCAUAAUAAUAAUAACAUAUGAGUUAUUACUAUACUGGUUUCAUAUACAGUAGUAAUUAUUUUUUCCCUGAAUGUUUGGUUAUAAUUCUGUAUAAUGGCUCGUAAAAAGCGCAGACUUUAUACACAGUGUUCACAACGUAGAGACAUUUUUGGGCACAAGCUCCAGGUCGUUGCACUUUUUAUCGGAUGAAAGUGUGCACACUCAGGCGUAGUGUUUCACUUCAGUUUUCCACCACAUGUACAGAAUACAUUUACGUAAUACAUCACAUUUUCAGUUCAUUGUCUUUCCUUCUUUUUGUUCUGGAUAAAACUCACGAUUCAAAUGUUAAGUGAGAGAGAAAACAACAACAACAACAAAACAAUAAUUAGAAAAAAAAAAAAAAACCAAGCAAUUAAUACUCGGAAAGGCGCAAAGAAAGAUUUUCGCAACGUUCCAGUUGAAUGUAGAGACGCGCGUGUGUGCGAGAGUGUGUGUGUGUGUGUGUGUGUCCCGCUUCCCCCUUGUACGAGUUUCUGAUGGCAGCUCGGUGACGUAAGACGCAUCAACGACAGGCGACAGGCAGAUUCGCGCGAGACGCGGGGAUGGGCGGAUGGAUAGAUGGGUGGAUGGAUGGGUGGAUAGAUGGACAGAUGCUGGGGCGGAACUUGGAAAUAUUUCCGCAUUAUUAUUCGCUUCUGCCUGCCGGGCGAAGAGCGUAAAACGCGCAGCUGGCAAUCUCUCAAUGAUGCGCCGCUCCAUGAAAGGAGCAGUCGGUCCUCCUCCCCAGUGCGAGACGCCUUAGACGGACGGAAUACAGUCGUCGGACUGGGUGGUGGUGUUUUUGCUGCUUUUUUCCCCCUUUCAAUUUUUUUUUUUUUUUUUUUUUUUGGUGUGUGUGUGUGUGUGUGUGUGUAUGGAAGUUUCCUCCCUUUCCUCGACUGCUGUCCCGGUGAAACGCGCUCGAGGAAGAUCUGGCAGAAAUGGACGGAGCGGCUGUUGAGCAGUGACCGAGCUGUGCGCUGUUCCACCCCGGCAACGGAGAUACGGGUCUGCCCGUGAACUAGAUCAGAUACAGACCAAGUUUUUCGAUUGUUCUUUUUUUCUUUUUUUUAAAGAAUUAAAAACAAAAACUGGAGAACACUGCAAGACUUUAAUCGACCGAGUGACUUUUUUUUUUUCUCUCAAGGACAGAAGCAAGAUUACAUCUAAAAAUCCUGAUCCCUGAUCCUGGUUUAGUUCUAAAGAAAAGGACCGACUACAAGAAUUUGUAAAAGAUUUACCAUUUUUCCCUCUUUUUUAUUAUUAUUUUUGAAAUUUCGUCGCCUGUAUUUCGAUUCUGUAUGAAAAGUCAAGUGGAGAGAGUUGGAGAAGAGCAUGCCGCGGAGAAAGCAGCAAGCACCGAGGCGAUCUUCAGCCUAUGUGCCUGAGGACGAGCUGAAGGCAGCCAAGAUCGAUGAGGAGCACCUGCAGGAUGAUGGGCUCUCUUUAGAUGGCCAGGACACAGAGUACCUGUGCAACGAGGAGGAGGAUCCACGUGAGCAGCUGAGCUACCAGAACUCCCCUCUCAGCAAUGGCACUAACCCUGACGCCGGGUACGGCUCACCACUUAGUGACACCAGCGAUCACCUGGCUGACUUUAAAAGCACCUCUUCCAAAGAGGGCCAGGAGAAGGAUGAGACUGAGGACAUGGAGAUGGAGCCUGGUCUUUCUGUGCAAGACAGCUUGGCAAAGAUGAAAGCCGCCUAUGCAAACUUGAUCUCGAAUGCCUCGUGGUCCAGCAUCACAAGAGACAUCAUAAAAAGCAAACAAGUUAACAUUAGCAACAACAGUACCACCAGUAACCACAAGGGGAGCAAUAGCAUUAUGAAUAGUCAUGCAACUAACAUCAACAGCAGUGGGAGCAGUAGCGUUAGCACAGCUAGCAUUAGUGCUACAACAAGCACCACCCCGAGCAACACUUCCACCAAUGCCAUCACUUUAACAAGUAAUAGCAAUGGGAAUGUGAGUGGUACCAGUAGUGGAAGUGUCUCUUAUGACUGGCAUCAGGCUGCACUUGCUAAAACAUUACAGCAUACACCGUACCACCUUCUGCCAGAACCCAGUCUCUUCAGCACAGUGCAACUGUACCGGCAAAACAAUAAGCUGUAUGGGCCGGUGUUUACUGGUGCCAGCAAAUUUCGAUGCAAGGACUGCAGUGCAGCUUAUGACACACUUGUAGGCCUCACAGUGCACAUGAAUGAAACGGGCCAUUACCGUGAUGACAAUAAAGAUCAGGAGGAUGACAUGGGCAAGAAAUGGUCGAAGCCAAGGAAGCGUUCCUUGAUGGAGAUGGAGGGCAAAGAGGAUGCUCAGAAAGUCUUAAAGUGCAUGUACUGCGGACACUCGUUUGAAUCUCUACAAGACCUAAGUGUUCACAUGAUCAAAACAAAACACUACCAGAAAGUGCCUCUAAAAGAACCAAUGCCAGCUCUGGCCUCAAAGCUGGUGCCCUCUACCAAAAAACGAGCCUUUCAUGAACUAGUGUCUCCCUGCUCACCCGAGUCGAUCACUAGCACAACAGGUGUUCCACUAACAGAGUCCACACCUACCAAAGACCAGAAGGUUGCUAAUCCCUAUGUCACUGCUAACAAUCGUUAUGGCUAUCAGAAUGGUGCGAGUUACACCUGGCAGUUUGAAGCCAGAAAAGCCCAAAUACUAAAGUGCAUGGAAUGUGGAAGUUCCCAUGAUACCUUGCAGCAGCUCACAGCUCAUAUGAUGGUAACAGGACAUUUUCUCAAAGUCACCAACUCUGCUUCGAAAAAGGGGAAACAGUUAGUGUUUGACCCAGUCGUGGAAGAGAAAAUUCAGUCCAUUCCCCUUCCACCCACCACCACACGUCUACCAGUUCCAACUAUCAAGUCACAAAUAGAUUCUCCAUUACAGAGCUCUACAAAUGAAGAGAGGAAGGAUUCACAUGAGGAGAAAAAAGAGGUGACUGAAACAGAAAGGAAAAUAAAAGAAGAAAAAGAGGACCCCUCAGACAAGCCAGAGAACUCUGCUAAACCUGGCCAGUACAAAUAUCUCAGAGAAGAGGAUUUGGAAGAGACGCCAAAAGAGGGUCUUGAUAUUCUGAAGUCUCUAGAAAAUACAGUUUCUAGUGCAAUCAGCAAGGCUCAGACAGGUACUCCUACAUGGGGUGGUUAUCCAAGCAUCCAUGCUGCCUACCAGCUCCAGGGGUCAAUAAAGUCUCUUGCUGCUGUCCAGAGUGUCAAAAUGCAACCCACCUUCAGUGCUAGUAGCUUGAAGUCUCUGUCAACAGAAACCAGUGCCCUCAUCCAUUCUCCAGGGAGCCCGUCCCCACCUCCAAACCAUAAGAGCAAUGUAUUAGCCAUGGAAGAGUUGGUGGAGAAGGUCACAGGGAAAAUUGUGACUAAAAAGGAGAAGGAGGAGAAGCCAAACGAACGCAUUCCAAAGCAUGUCUCUACGCCAUCCCCAUCGCCUGGAUUCAAGGAGAAAAAAGACUUCGCUCAGCCAACUGAUCUUAGCAAGCCGACAAAGAAUGGUAUCACAGAGGAGACCGAGUCAGUCAGUAAAGAAGGGGAACAGAUCGAAAGUCAUGCUGAAACCCCAGACAAGAACGGAAUAGACAACCUCAAAACGCAUGUCAGCAACGGGUGCAGUAGCUUGGGAAUAAUUACUGACCACUCACCAGAACAGCCUUUAGUGAACCAUCUCAGUGCACUGCAGUCCAUUAUGAACACUCACUUGGGCAAGGCAUCCAAAACUGUUAGCCCAUUAUUAGACCCGUUAGCAAUGCUGUACAAAAUCAGCAACAACAUGGUCGAGAAACCUUUCUACAGCCCAACUCAGGUUAAGCAAGUCGAAUCCAUCAACAGAUAUUUUGACAAUGAAGACCAGCCGAUCGACUUGACAAAAUCCAAGAACAGCAACGGGCGUCCAAACAACAGCUCCUCCACGGUCAUAAGCAACAGUAGCAACAGCAGCAUUCCGAACACUAACCGACCCAUUCUUUCAAACAUAUCUGAAUCGCUGUCUUCCCCUCUGAGGGAAAAUGCCUUGAUGGACAUCUCAGACAUGGUGAAAAACCUCACGGGCCGCCUGACACCAAAGUCAUCGACACCCUCUUCAAUCUCGGAGAAGUCAGAAGCAGACGGCAGUGCUUUUGAGGAUGCCCUCGAGGACUUUACCCAUGUCCAAAAGAGGAAAGGGAGGCAGUCGAACUGGAACCCGCAACACCUGCUGAUCCUGCAAGCUCAGUUUGCAUCCAGCCUUCGUGAAACUCCAGAGGGGAAGUUCGUCAUCACCGACCUGGGUCCUCAGGAGCGUGUACAUAUCUGUAAAUUCACAGGCCUAUCAAUGACCACAAUCUCUCACUGGCUUGCCAACGUGAAGUACCAGCUCAGGCGGACAGGUGGAACCAAGUUUCUAAAGAACAUUGACUCUGGCCAGCCUCUGUUCUUAUGCAGCGACUGCGCCUCUCAGUUCAGAACUCCCUCUACGUACAUUAGCCACUUAGAAUCCCAUUUAGGCUUCAGUUUAAAGGACCUGUCGAAGUUGUCUAUAGACCUUAUGCGAGAGCAGCAAUCGGUCACAAAAAUGAUAACGGACAAGACUUUCGGUUCCCUCGGCUUGAACGAGGACGACUCAAAUUCCAUCUAUCAGUGCAAACUGUGCAAUAGGACCUUUGUCAGCAAACAUGCAGUUAAGCUGCACCUUAGCAAAACGCAUGGAAAGUCUCCAGAGGACCACUUGAUCUUCGUGUCUGAGCUUGAAAAGCUUGAUAAAAUGUAGAGGAGCAGGCCAGUGGCAGUGACGUGACUGACUUGAGAAUCAUUGCACUACAUCAUUGUUCUGCACUGCAUCCGAACUGAGCCUUCAGUCGAAACUGAUUCGAACUUUGAUUUGUUGUGCAACUGCCUGACUGGACCAUGAUCUUGCUCUCCUUUUUCAGUUUUCUUUUUCACUUCAGUUGAUUUCUAUACCUUACAUUGUAUUGUAUUUAUAUAUGUGUUAAUUAUGUGCAUGUUUUUUUUUUUUUUUUUUUUUUUCUAGUGAGUCCAGACUUGAGCAAAUUUUCCACUGUUUGUACUUUGUGGAAUUGAGAAUGAGACCAGCAUGGUAUCCAUGGGCAUGGUCAAAUCAACACGCAAAGAGUGCCAUGUGAAUUUCGUCCAAUCUAUUUCGUUCUGUAUUCUUCGAAUAACUGACAAUUUCAGCAAAGCAAACCUGCAGAAACUAUAAAGAAUAUAUAGAGAGUAUAGAUUUUAUUAUUUUGAUCUUAAAUUCCCAAAAUUUGACUUUAUUACAACAAUACCUACAUUUCAUUAUAAAAAUUUAAAAAAUAUACAAAUGGCAGCAUUGUAUCUUUAACCUCAACAGAUGAUGACUGACUGCUUCAGAUUAUUCAGUUUGUGUUUUAAAUGAUUUAGUUAAAAAAAAUAAUUUGUUUUUUCGUUUUUGUUUUUUUUAACUGUAGCAAUUUGGAAACGUAUGCUUUGGUACCAAUUUUUCUCUUUCUAUAGGUUUGCUUCGAUUUCAACUUGUAAAGACUUAAUCAAAUCCUUAUAUACAGUACAUAUAUAUUUAAAUGAUCUGCAACAAUGUACAUGUAAUUCUUUUUUUUUCCAUCAUCAUAUCUUGCCAGUUGCCACAGCUUUGUUUGUAUGGUGUGCAUUCUUUUAUAUUGUCAUUUUAUAUAUAGUAAAAUGAAAAAGGAAAUAAUAUGUAAAUAGAUAUAUAUGCAGACGAUAUGUGAACAGUAGCGCUGACGUUCAUCUUUUUUGGUCCUCCAGUGUGGUUAAUAUUAAUUGGUUUGACGGAACGCAUCUUGCGAUGCACAUGAUGCCUGAGUGAAAAUGAGCAAUGCACAACAGGAAAGCCAGUGCAUUUUAAUGUUUUUAAAUCAUACCAUUGUGAAAUGUCUCAUCAACUCAUAAAAAAAUAUUGUUUUCGUCUCUCAAUUGUAAAAUAAAUCCUGACAUUUCUUGA